GACUGCGGACACAGCACAGGAGAUGGACCAGAGACUGCGGACACAGUACAGGAGAUGGACCAGAGAUUGUGGACACAGUACAGGAGAUGGACCAGAGACUGCGGACACAGUACAGAGAUGGACCAGAGACUGUGGACACAGUACAGGAGAUGGACCAGAGACUGUGGACACAGUACAGGAGAUGGACCAGAGACUGUGGACACAGUACAGGAGAUGGACCAGAGACUGUGGACACAGUACAGGAGAUGGACCAGAGACUGUGGACACAGUACAGGAGAUGGACCAGAGACUGUGGACACAGUACAGGAGAUGGACCAGAGACUGUGGACACAGUACAGGAGAUGGACCAGAGACUGUGGACACAGUACAGGAGAUGGACCAGAGACUGUGGACACAGUACAGGAGAUGGACCAGAGACUGCGGACAUAGUACAGGAGAUGACCAGAGACUGCGGACAACAGUACAGGGGAUGACCAGAGACUGCAGAAAGUACAGAGCAUGACCA